AUGGACAUUCUCAAGAUAAAUCUGUUUGAUGAUGAAAAAGACAUGUCUCUCGUCGAUAAAUUACUUUUCCACACGAAUCUUUUUCGUUCUUUUCAAACCACUUCUGUCACUCUCUACUCACCAUCUCAGAGUGAUUUUGAACAACUCAUCCAGAAAUAUCCAAGUACAUUAUCAUGUUCAUGUUCACAAACUUCGAUUCGACAUGAUCGAUUUCUUUCGUUUCAUCCUCAAUAUCAUCCCAUAUGUUCAAGUCAAUUUAUUAAUCAAACAUUCAUUUCAUCUAUAUCCAAUGUUAAUGUAAGUAAUUACUAUAACAAAGACUAUCGCGUAAGUGCAUCAUCACAUUUUCAAAUUCUUGCAUUACUUUGUCGGACCAGUCAACAAAUGAUAAGUGAUUCAUUGAAGAAAUUCUUCUCUCAGUAUUUAAGUACAACUGAAGUGAUAUCCAUUGAAGUGUUUGAUGCUCAGAUGGAUUAUCUUGUUGGAAAAUUAAAAACAACAAGUGUUAAUGAUCAACAACAUACAAGUGAUUUUCUUCAGUUAAAUAUUUUUCACAAUGGAAUUUCCUCAGCACUUCAAACAAAUUAUGUGGUGAUAAAACCAAUUGAGACAGUUUUCUAUUCUGGUUCAAACCGAUACUUCUUUGGGAAUAUUAGUUGUACUUGUAAUAUAAAUAUCAAAUGCAUUGCACCAGCGAUCAUUUAUCAACAUAUAACAACUACAUUAAAAUAUAAUUCAUCUAGUGACUCAUUAUCAAUUGUUCCUUAUAUAAAAGUACUUCUGAGAAUACCUGGUAUCAAAGUAGGCUGCUUACCAUAUAAUUCAUUACUUCAAUCAACUCUCGAAUGUUUUUACAAUCAAUUGUGUAUCAAUCAAAUUCAGAAACAUAUUUCAGCUUUUUCAUUGGUUUCACCACUUUUAUUAUCAUCACACUUCUCACAAAAUACAACUGUGAACGAUCUUUCUCAUGAUUUAUUCAUCGAAUCAUGGAAUGAAAAGAGAAACUUCAGUGCAUAUUAUGAAAGUUGUGCACCUCAGUCAUGUACAUAUUCAUAUGAUCGACGAUUUAAUCUUCUUUAUGUCAUUGUCACACUGAUCAGUAUCUUUGGUAGUUUGAAAAUGAUUUUGUAUUUCUGUGCACCGUUCAUUAUCAAACUCUUUCGACGAAUUCAGAAGAAGAAAUGUUGUUCGACAACAUCGGAAACAGAUGAAACUGAGCAACAUUCACAACAAAAUCUUCAGGAUCGCCUCAUGAGUUUAAUCUCUCACAUGAAAAUGCAACUGAUGACAUUGAAUUUGUUUCCAAUGUUUUCCAAUAUCAAAGAUGGACUUCAUUCGACACGUCUUUAUCUUGUUUGUCUUGUGAUUGGAAUGAUCAUUCUAAUAUUCUACACAUCAAUUUCAGUUCAAACUCGAAUUGUCACUGUUUUUGCACCAUCAUUAGAUGAAUAUGAAUAUUUGUACAACGAACAUUCAUCAACACUGAAAUGUCCCUGUUCUCAUUUGUCGAUGUCUUAUUCGUCAAUCAUUGAUGUAGAACCUGAAUAUCAUCAAGUGUGUUCAAGUGAUUUCAUCAAAAGUGAUGUUUGGUUAUUGUAUUUCAGACGUCUGGGUCCUGUCCUUCGAGCUCUUGAUUUUCGUGCUGUAGGAUUAAAAUUAUUUACAAUUCUUCAGACAAUGUGUCAAAUGGCAAAUGAUAUAGUGAGAAAUGAAUUGAUUGUAUUCAAUGAAAUGCAAUUUGUGAGUGCAUAUGUUAUAUCAAGAGAUACAUUUCACAUCCAAAUCUCAACUCUCAUACAACGUUUUCAACAGCAGACCGUUAAUACUUUUCUUUCGAUGUUUCAACUGGUUCGUGUUUCGAUUCAAAGAAAUCAGUUUGUAGUUGGUGAUUUUACAAACAUUGUCCCACGUGAAUUUAUACAAAACAAUGUUUUAACAUCUCGUUAUUUACCAAACAGUGGCUUUGAUAGCAAAUGUUCAUGUGGUGAAAGUAGUUCUUGUACACGUGCACAAGGUUUCUAUUGUACAAAUCAAUGCAACUACAAUCAAUCGUCGCCACCAAAUCAAAUCAUUCCUGGUCUAAUGUUGAGUUGUUUACCAGUUGAUUCUCUUCUUUCAUCUUCACUUCAAUGCUUUUAUAAUUCAACUUGUCUUCAAAUGAUUUUACAAUGGCGUUCGUUUGGAUCAAAUAUUAGUCUUUCAAAUUCCUGUUCCAUUAAUGUCACUCCUCUUAAUCCAAUGAUCAACAGUCGUUUUCGACCUGAUACGAAAAUGGAAAGUAUUAUUUCCGAGUUGUUUAUUGAAAAAUGGACAAAUAUAAGUAAUUUCACUUCAUAUUAUUCUCAAUGUUCACCAAAGGAAUGUACUUAUACAUAUGAACAACGUUUCAAUCGAGCUUUUAUCAUUGCCACAAUAUUUGGUAUUGUCGGUGGUCUCUCUACUGCUCUAGAAAUUUUGAUUCCAUUAUUUGUAAUUUUACUUCGACGAAUAUAUUCUCACUGUUUUCAACGUUCACUUCAAAUUGCACGAGAAUCGACAACUAAAACAGUUGUUCAUGAAAAGUGUUGGCGUCUUAUGAAUUAUUUUCAUACAUUAAAUUUAUAUAAGAAGACUCGUGAUCAACAUUCCGAAGAUCAGUUGGAACAACGUUCUCGAAUAGCCACUCGUGUUUAUCUUCUACUCUUUCUCAUUUCUCUCUUGACUAUUAUCAUCUUCAUUACUUUCACUUCACAAAUCAAUUCUAUCACAGUAUCAUUUCCAUCACAAGAUCAAUUUCAUCAUCUUCAAACUCAAUAUUCAUCAACACUUUCAUGUCCAUGUUCACAAAUUCGAAUUUCGUAUUCGAAAUUCGUGACGAUUAUAGUGAAUGAAUAUCAUCAAAUAUGUUCAAGUGAUUUCAUUUCAACUGAUUUCAUCACGAUGCUUUGGAGUUCGAGAGUAUUAAAAUAUUACAUUGUAACUACGGAUGGUAAAAUCUUAAGUACACAAUUUCGUCUUUUAUCAGCAUUGUGUUUACUUGCAAAAGAUAUGAUUGAACAACAACUACAGAAUUUAUAUUCUCACGAAUUGAUCACUCUCGAGACAUUGUCACAGACAUCAUUCGACGAGCAAAUUGAGUCGAUUAUUGACACUUUCAUUGUUCAAUCACUAACGAGUUUUCGAAGAACACAUCAAUUUGUCAUUGAUAUGCUUCAUGGAAACCAACUACAGAACAUAUUUUUGACCAAUUGGGAUUUAGGAAGUCCAACAGCAGAUAAUUCGUACCGAAUAGGAGGAAAUCCGACAGUAGUCAAUGAAAGCGGAGUGUUGUGUUCAUGUGAUUCUCAAUCAACAUGUGCACGAACUCGUUUAAUCAAUGUAUCAAAGCAACGAAUAUUCUCGGGUUUGUGUGUUCUUCAUUGUCGAUUUGUUGCACCAUUCAUAUUUUGUUAUUUAGGUCUUGUUAUUGGUUGUUUGCCUGUUUUUGGUCUUCGAUUAUCAACACUUGAAUGUCUUCAUCAUCAGCAAUGCUUAACGAACUUAUCUUAUUUUUUCAACAGUUCCUACCAUCCAUCUCCGUUGAAUAGUUCAAUCAAAAGUCGCUUCACCCCGAUCUCUUCAACAACUAUUGGUACAAUGAUUGAUGAAUUAUUCAUUGAAUCUUGGCAAAACACAACAAAUUAUUCGAAUUAUUAUUCGACAUGUUCACCAUCGAUGUGUCGAUAUUCUUAUGUGACAAGAAAUAGUGUUGUUUAUAUGUUAACAAUUUUUCUUGGUUUAUACGGUGGAUUAACAGAAGGAUUGAAAAUAAUUGUUUGGUACAGUUUAUGGUUGCUUUGGAAAAUUCGUGAAUGGAUACGAAAACGUCGAAGUGUUGUCACACCUAUAAAUGACACUUGUUGA